GGCACUUGUAUGUCAGCUUACGCCGCAAACCUUCGCAGUUUGCAGUUUGCUGCUUUCACCAAUUUUCCGCAGUGACAUUGCCCAUUUGUGCGGUCAAAAGGAAAUGCUAUAAGCAUGACAUAUUAAUCUUGUACUCAGAGCAGAAGUCAUUGUCACUAUUGGGACGGCUGUCUUGUUUCCCGACCAACACGCUGAAGCCGGGUGAAGGGACGUCAGCAGGAUAGGUGCACAUGGCAGAUCAAUCGCCAGCGGCUACAGCUGCAGAGGGGGUGACGAGCAUCACACACAGAACGUUUGCGCGGGUGGGGCUGUUUGGCAACCCCAGUGACCAAUACUAUGGCCGCACUAUCGCCUUCUCCCUGGAGAACUUCUCGGCCCAGGUGACACUCACGCCCUCCGCCGAUCCGUCCGACACCGCCAUCCGCAUCUUGCCGCACCCGCUGUACGACAGCACGGACUACCCGUCCCUGGAGCAGCUGGUCACCCGCACCGCCACCGAGGGGCUCUACGGCGGCGUGCGGCUGCUGCUGGCUGCCUGCAAGCGUUUCGGCGAGCACUGCAAACAACACGGGAUCCCGCUUGCCACGAAGCGGGGCUUCUCGCUCUCGUACGACACGGACGUCCCCCGUCAGACCGGGCUCUCCGGCUCCUCUGCCAUCAUAUACUCCGCGCUCAAGUGCUUGGCGGACUGGUACGGGCUGAGUGAGGCGCAGCUGCCGGCGGCGGUGCGGCCUGGCUGGGUGCUGGGUGUGGAGGCGGGCGAGCUGGGCAUUGCGGCGGGGCUGCAGGACAGAGUGGUGCAGGUGUACGGCGGAGUGGUGUUCAUGGACUUUGACCCCGAGCACAUGGCGGCGCACGGCGGCGCGGGCCGCUACAGCCGCCUGGACCCCGAGCUACUGCCGCGCCCGCUGUACAUCAUGUACAGCGAGAACCCGAGCGAGAGCGGCAAGGUUCACAGCGGUGUCAAAGCAAAAUGGCUGGCCGGCGACCCCGAGGUGCGGGCGCUCAUGACCCGGGUGGCGGCUUGCGGCGACGAGGGGCUGCAGCUGCUGAUGGCCAGCCCGCGGGACGACACACGCGACACACAGCUGGCGCAGCUCAUGUGCGCCAACUUCGACCUCAGGCAUGCGCUCUUCGGGGACGAUGUGCUGGGCGCACGCAACCUGCGCAUGGUCGAGCUCGCCAAGUCGGUUGGCGCCGGCGUGAACUUCACAGGCAGUGGCGGCGCAGUGGUGGUAUUCUGCAAGGACGGCCCACAGCAGGCCGAGGCGCUGCGCGCUGCCGCCGAGGCGGAGGGCUUCACUCUGGUCGCUGCGCAGGUGGGCCCGGAGACGGCACCACUGCCGCCCGCCGCGGCGCCCGGCAGCUGAUGCUCACCGAGGGUGUCAGCAGUUGCCGUACGCACAUGACGGGUGCGCUGCGGACCGAGUGGUCUGGCCGGAAUGGUGACGUAAGGCACUCUUGGUUGGCCGAGGUGGGACCAUGCCGAUUUGCUUGGGACUGCACGCUAGGUCGUGCGAACCACCUGGUAACCACACUCGUACUCACACGGAUUGAUGAGUUUAGGGUUUGGAAUGCGUUUGAGGUGCACGUACCGGCAUGCAUGCUUGUUCCUGGUGGGAAGAAUACAGGCUGCGCAUACACAGUGUGCCAUGCAUUGCAGCCGGCAAUGCUGGGUUCGUGGCUUGAUGCCAACUGGCGCUGUGGGCCUUGGAAUGUACUGCGGCAGCCCCGACGCAGGGCUGGUGAUCAGUGGUGCACGGUGGAAGACGGUGAGCGGUGGCGGCGUGGCGCAAGGGUGGCGUAGCACAUGCCUUCCUGACGCGACCCAGUGGUCACUUGGGUGGGCGUGGCUUUCCCACGGCUCUGAUCGCUGUUGUCAAUAUCAUAAUAAAUAAAUUUACUUUGAUGCAAUUAAUAUCAAGGGCAAGGGUUCAUACCGUUGGCUUGGAUUGAGCCACGCCUAAAUUUCUGCCACGCGACUG